UAUGACCUAACUGUUUCAGAACGUAUUGAAAUGGUUAUGUCACAAAUCUUCUAGCUGCGAUUUGUUGUUAUGUAUUGAUUUGAGUUUCACAAUUCAUAAGGUACAUUAGCCACAAUGGCUACUCUCGUCAGAACAGCUGUAAUUAAAGUUAUCAGCCCAACUCAGGGUACAAAAAUAGCAGCAUGUACGUUUGUACAAAAUAGGAAUAUCUCCGGGCGGGCCAUGCGGGAAGCGCUACCACCUCCUCCACCGAAACCUGCACCCUUUGACUAUGUGAACAAGGACUACACUUGGUUGCGCAGCUUAAUCGACCGCACGACCCACAGGUUUGAUGAUAACAGCAAAGUGAUAAUCGUGGAAGGGCCGGUAGCUGCUGGUAAGACCGCCUUUGCAGCCUCCCUAGCCGAUGACUUGGGUAUGAAGCAUUUCCCCGAAGCUAACAUGGAUUUGCACUAUAUUCGUCCGAACGGCGUCGACUUGAGGUCCUUCGACGACCAAGUACCCGAGGACACUAGGACCUUUGACCAUGUUAAUUUCAAUCAGAAUCCUAACCAUCGCUUGGCUGCAAACUUCCAAAUAAUGAUGUAUGUGGCCCGGUACAGUCAGUAUAUUGAUGCUUUGGCACACCUGUUCAAUACUGGCCAAGGAAUUGUGUUGGAGAGGUCCCCUUACUCUGACUUUGUAUUCUUGGAAGCUAUGUAUUCUCAGAAAUUCUUGAGUAAGGCAGUCAGGUCAACUUACUAUGAGCUGCGAGAAAACACAAUUGAGGAGCUAAUGCGUCCACAUCUAGUUAUUUAUCUGGAUCUUCCUGUUUCCAAGGUUCAAGAAGCUAUUAAAAAACGUGCUCUCAGUCACGAGGUGACCAGCAAAGCUCUCACACCGGCCUUCCUGACUGAAAUUGAGAAGCAGUACAAAAACAAGUAUCUGAGAGAUAUCGCCACUCAUGCAGAGCUGCUCGUGUACGACUGGACCGGAGGAGGUGAAGUCGAAGUGGUCGUCGAGGACAUAGAGCGACUGAACUUCGACCAGUAUACGGAGCGUGAAGAGCCCAAGAUGAAGGACUGGCGUUUGCCUCGCGAAGUGGACUGGGCCGACCAGCGCGCGCUCUACACGAACCAGAAGCACUUGCUGAUGAAUCUGCUCGCCAUCCCCAAACUGGACAUACCGGAGCUGAUAACUAGCGCCGAGGAUUGUUACGAGAGAGAAAAGGUUAUUUCUGCUCACCCAGCCUUCCGUUACGAACUGGGAUACGCGCCAGGCGAAUCUGUGACCUUCAAGAACAAGCUGCCCAAAUACCACGAGUACAUAUAGACACUGGUGCAAUAUUAGAUUGUUGUUAAUUUAAUGAAAUAAUUAUUAAAUGAAA